GCAAUAACGACUUUCAGUUGUCUACAUAGGAGCUGUAUGGGUGAUGAUCCUUGGGCGUCAUUACAGAAGAAUUUCGUGGCUCUGUCAAAGAAACUAGAACUAAACGAAACUCUGACAAGCAUUCUCUACCAAGAGGGUUUCAUUGACAGCCAAGACUAUGACCGUCUCAGAUCUAGCGAAAGCCACAGCAGUAAAGUAUACUUAUUGCUUGUAGAUCGCCUACCGCGUCAGUCCAGCGGUCGCUAUAGCUUAUUUUGCGAGUGUUUGAGAAAAUCUGGACAAGAUCACGUCGCUGAUAUUCUGGAACCAAGAAAACAGAGCGAUUCUUGGUCUAACUCGUCAGGUGCUAGCAGCACCCAUCUGAUACGGAAGCUAGUGAUUCCAGGGCAGUCAAGCGAUUCCCGCGAACUUGUAGAUACCAGUGUUUCUUUGAAGUUUGGAAAGUCUAUGGCCAUUUCUACAAGUUCUCCUUAUCUUUCUCACGUUCAGACUUCAACGUCUUUGUUGCAAGCUAGUCCUUUCCAAGAUGUUGAUAGUUCUUUUUUUCGUUCGGGAUAUAUGGUUGAAGGUCAGGGAAAGCUGUCAUCUAGUGUCUAUGGUUCUGGCAACUCAUUGUCAAGCCUUCAUCAAUUUUCUCGAGGACACAGUACACCACAAAGCACAUCUAUGUCUGCCCUUCAAAUUUCAUCAGGAAGUGAAUCUCAUUCAGCACAUCGACAGGUUUCUGAUCAAGAUCCGGCAUCUUUACAGGAUACUCCACCAUCAAUGGUGCCAGAACGUCGAUGCACCAUGUGUCCAACACUUCAAAGGAAAGUUUACCACUACAAAAAGGACAUAGAUACAAAAAUUGAGCAAAUUGUACAAUUGGAAGAGAAACUAUCAGCAAGAGACGACUAUUGUUCUACUUUGGAACAAGCUGUACAGGGCCUAGAACAUGAAUCUUCUAUUUUGAUUCAGGAACGCUCUGCCAUGAUUGCCAAAUUUCAGUCAUACUCUGUAGCCGCAGGAUCAGCAACUAGCAUUUCUGAGAAACUACCACAGUGGACUCUUCGUGAGAUAGACACAGAUCACAGUCUCAAACCCACCUCUGAAAGUCCGUCACUGUCAGUAAAAGAUCAAUUCUAUAUCAUUCAUAUGUCAAUUCAAAAAUGGUUUGCUGAACAUGGAGAGAAUGGAACAGCACAGCAACUCUACCAAGUCAUAGCCCAGCAAGGCAACAAGCAACUAGCUGACAACUUGUUUUCCUAAUGCAGUACAACAACCAGUACAUUGUUAUCAGUGAAUCGAUUGAAUAACGAGUUGACUUGCAGCAUUUGAACAAUGAAAUGGUAGAUGCUAUGCAUUGCAAUAAAAUGAUCCGACUGUUUUAAUUUUGUAAAUUACUGUGAGACUACAAUGAAUUGUAGUACUACAUACUUGGCAACAGCUGGCGACAGUCAUGUAUUGCUUGAUCAAAACUAAAUUAGAGUUCUUUUAGUUUCAACUAACACUUCCAAGUCUCUCAGAAGUUUAUAAUUGCCACUACAGUAUAUUCUAUAUUUUUGGUUGUGUAUUAGCUACUCGUUUCCACAUAAUUUGAAUAAAUGUAUGGGCAUACUGUGUACA